AUAGUCCCUUACAGUUAGAAAUGAACAAUUCCAUGUUAAGCUCUCAAAUUCUCCCUCAUCUUGCAUAUUGGACUCAACGAACACUCUCCCACUCUCUCCGCUUUCAUCGUUCAUUUUCCAGGACAAGGUUUAUUGCAAAGUGCUUGUACGAGGACAUGGGUGUGGACGAGAAUUUGCUUUCUAAUGGUAGAAAGCGUGCCAAUUUUCGAUUAUGCAAAUUGUCAAAGUAGUUAUACGUCUGAAAUACUGGAGAUACAAGCUGAUGCUCCAAGUUUACAUGUUCUGUUUGUUCCUGGAAACCCAGGUGUUGUUUUAUUCUACAAAGACUUUGUGGAAUUUCUAUAUGAGCUUCUUGGGGGAACUGCAUCUGUAACAGCUAUUGGCCAGGUCUCUCACUCAACAAAGGAUUGGGAGCAUGGACGGUUGUUCUCUUUACAAGAACAAAUCGAUCAUAAGAUUGAUUUUAUCAAAGAAGAACUGCAAGGUAUCGAGAUUCCUAUAAUACUGGUUGGGCACUCUAUUGGUUCAUACAUAGCUCUUGAAAUGUUCAAGAAGUCUCUAGAGAAGGUGAAAUAUUGCGUUGGACUUUAUCCAUUUUUGACUUUAAACCCAAACUCAACAACACAAUUAAUUAUUGCAAAAAUUGCACAAUCCCAAAUUGUAGCUGCUGCUCUUAGCUAUCUGACAGCAUCAUUAGGAUUGUUACCAGUUAAGGCUUUGAGGUUUAUUGUCAAAAAAUCCCUUGGGAAGUCAUGGUCUGCCAGUGCAGUUGAGGCUGCAUGCUCUCACUUGUCACAGUACCAUACCAUGCGAAAUGUCCUCUAUUUGGCCAUGACUGAAUUCAAAGAGUUAGCGGAGCCACAAGAUUGGACAUUUUUACGAGAAAGGAAGGAUCAGUGUGCAUUUUUAUUUGGUGUUGAUGAUCAUUGGGGUCCACUUCAAUUGCUUGAAGAGAUCUCAAAGCAGGUUCCAGGCAUUCCCUUAUUUAUUGAGCGAGAAAACCACACUCAUGGUUUCAGUUGCACUGAGGCUGGUUCAUUAUGGGUGGCUGAGCAUGUGGCAAACUUAAUUAAGAAUCAUAUGGCAUCUACAAACAAAUGAAGUAUGGCUCUUUGGCUAUUGGCUUGUAAAAUGUGAGUUUUUCAAGUUAAAAAGACUGGCUCUUUGGCUCUUUGGUAAUUUAUCACAAUCACAUAGCUAUUGAUACUUCAGACAACAAUUGUAAUUUCACAUUUUAUCAUCUUCAUUGUAUUCAUCACAUGUAAAAAAAAAAGAAUCCAAGUUAUAAGGAUUGUAGGGUGUUUUAAAUUGGAGAUAAUAUUUGAGAAAAGUGAAUGAAAUUCUUAUAUGAUCUUAUUAGAAUGAGAAAAACUAAUCCGGAUGAUCACUGAAUCAAUAUUUAGGGGGACGUUUGGAAGAGCUUAUAUAAACCUAUCUUAUGACAUAUAAGCACUUGUGCACGUGUUUAAAGAAACUUUAAAAUAGCAAAUGGUAUGCUAUAGGUUGUUUUCAGUUUAUUUUCAUAAGUUCCUUAUGUUAACUUAUAGAAACAAUUUAUACAAAUUUAUGUAGAGUUUACCCUCAUUUUCUAUUUGAUUGUAAAACGACUUAUCAUAAACUUAAUUAAGUCGUUUACUCAAACACCUCCUUAUAGGGAUACAAAUAGUUUGCAGAAUUAGGUACGUUUACUAACUACUGCUCAAACAUGAGCAGCUAUAGAGGCGCGACACGCACUAUCAGAUGCCAAUUGCUUUCUAUGAAAUUGUAGCACUUGUGUCUCCCCGUCGUAAAAAGUGAAACCACCCUAGUUAACAGACUGGGUAAAUAUUUUUGUUAAUAAAGACAUUGAAUACUAUCCAUGUUCGCAGUGCUUCUGUUUCUUGAUAAGUUUUCUUAGUAAUUUCAAUUUGUUCUCAAGUUUUCUUCCUCAUUUACAGAGCAUAGAAUGAUUAUUGUGAUAAUAUAUAGUACUAGUAUAUUCUAGCCAGAGUUUUCAAAGCAGGUUCCAGGUAGCAGGUAUUGCUAUUUCAUUGGACGAGAAAAUUACACUUGCGGUUUCUGUUGAACCGAGGCUGGUUCGCUAUGGGUGGCUCAACAUGGAAGACGUUAUCAAGAAUCCAGUGGCAUAUACCAGUCAAUAAGGUCUGAAUCCUUUUUUAUUAUUGGCCUGUGUGUUUUGUGUGUUUUAAAGUUGAUCACCGAAAGGAUUGAAACGUUGCUAAAUUUGAAAUAUUUAUAGCUUAAAAAAACUGAGUUGCAUUUCUUUGUCAAUGUUACAACCUUACCUACUAGUGCAUUAGUUUCUCAAAAUUUUAUUACGGCUGAUCGUAUGUCGAUGAAAAUCGAAUGGAAAACCAAUGAAUAAAUUUGAACUUCAAAGUAUGUUGGUGGAGGCUGAAACACCAUGCGCACCUGUUGGUGGAGUUUGCCAUUCUUUGAUUACUGUGGGAAAGUUUUUGCUUGUAGAUUCUCGUGCUCCUUAAAAUUUUUGUAUUAUUAUUA